AUGACUUCCGCAAGCAAUACUCCAUGGAUAUCUGCCUGUGUACUAUGCGCCUCCUUUUGUCUACGACGGUUCCCACACUUUGGUUGUAAGGAGAUAGGAGCAGUAGUGGUGGAGACGGUGGACCUCUCUGAUACUAAUUCUGACAAAGAAGAAGAAGAUUCUUCAGUGGUUGCUGAUUCAAAUGAGGAAGAAGAAGAGGAUGAUGAUUCUUCAUCCAAUGCUGGAGAUGAUCAUGAAGUCAGCCAGAGUCUCUACCCUGUUGACAGUGAAGGCACAAUUUCUAAUGCUGAAGUUGUUGGAGGUGGAGUCAAAUCCAUGCUUUACUACCACCCUCAAGAAGAACAUGAAAUACGAGCUGUGAAAGAACAUGGGCUUACAUUUUGUGAAAGUAUCAAGUACAAAGAUGAGGUCGUGCAUGGGGUUAGAGAGAGGUCUUAUGGUAGGAUUAAAUUUAAUGGAUGGGGCACGAUUCGUAGAAGUAACAUGCUUAAAGAGAAUGAUAUUGUACACUGUGAGAUGCUUCAUAUCAGGAAGAAAGUUCACUCUAUCAAGAUCAGAAUCACUCAUGGUUGA